UUUCCGGAUGGGAAGGGCGGCCCCCAGCAGAGCCAGCCCCCAGCCCCGGCGACAGCCGCUCACAGCUCCCCAAGAGCCCCUCCAGGACCAGGUGCCACCACGAGAACUCUGGCACUCGCUAGCCCUCAUGUCAGACAACGCGGGCGCAGGGCCCGGCCCCGCCGAGGGGCUCACCCCGGAGCCUGCCCCCGAGCUGGGAGAGAUCCACAACUGGACGGAACUCCUGUACUUCUUCAACCACACGCUGCCCCAGUGCCACGUGGAGCUGAGCGAGGACGUCAAGCGCGUGGUGCUCUUCGUCCUCUACCUGGCCGUCUUCGUGGUGGGGCUGGUGGAAAACCUCCUGGUCAUCUGCGUGCACUGGCGCUGCUCGGGCCGCGCGGGUCUGCUGAGCGUCUACAUCCUCAACAUGGCCAUCGCCGACCUGGGGGUGGUCCUGACCCUGCCCGUGUGGAUGCUCGAGGUCACGCUGGACUACACCUGGCUCUGGGGCGCCUUCUCCUGCCGCUUCACGCACUACUUCUACUUUGCCAACAUGUACAGCAGCAUCUUCUUCCUGGUGUGCCUCAGCGUGGACCGCUACGUCACACUCACGCGUGCGUCCCCCUCGUGGCAGCGCUCCCAGCACCGGGCGCGCCGGGCCGUGUGUGCCGGCGUCUGGGUGCUCUCGGCCGUCAUCCCGCUGCCCCAGGUGGCCCACAUCCAGCUGGUGGAGGACUUGGAGCCCAUGUGCCUCUUCCUGGCCCCCUUUGAGAGCUACGACACCUGGGCCCUGGUGGUCUCGCUCUCCACCACCCUCCUGGGCUUCCUGCUGCCCUUCCCGCUCAUUGCCGUCUUCAGUGUGCUGACGGUCUGCCGGCUACGGGGGACCGGCCAGCCUGCCCGGUGGCGGCGUCACUGUCUGCUGGUGUCUGCCUACGUGGCCGUCUUUGUCGUCAGCUGGCUGCCCUACCACGUGACCACGCUGCUGCUCACGCUGCACGGGACCCAGAUCUUCCUCCACUGCUACCUGGCCCACGUCCUCUACUUCUUCUAUGACAUCGUCAGCUGCUUCUCCAUCCUCCACUGCAUGGUCAACCCCAUCCUUUACAACUUUCUCAGCCGCCACUUCCGGGGCCAGCUGCUGAGCGCUGUGGUUCACUACCUCCCCAAGGUCCAGGCCCGGGCAGGCAGGCAGGCUUCUUCCUCCUCCUCCUCCUCCUCGACACAGCAUUCCAUCAUCAUCACCAAGGAGGGCUGCCAGCCCACCGCAGCGAGCCCCCACCAUCCUCUGAGCCCGAACUCCCAGACACCAAAUACCUCCCCACUCUCUGCUCCUCCACCACGCUCAGUCAGCUGAGGCUGGGCCGUUUCUUCCUCCAUCAGAGAAGCAGGAAGCUGGA